GGUUUCUUUUCGGUUUCUCUGUGGCAAGGCGAACCCGGCAGCGAUCCUGCCUCUUUUGGCUUAGAGAUGUUAAAGAUGACAAGCAAAGUUUUCUCUUUGUCCCUUGCUUUUCAUAAAACCAAAGUCUUAAGCCUGUAGCUGCCUCUUGUCCCAAGGGAGAGUGUGUAAAAGGGAGGGAAAAGAAGCCGUGUGGGUGAGGGGUGGCAGAGCAGAUCCGGGGGACAGCGGAGAAGAGGCGCGAGCCAGUCGUCUCCGGCAGGAGGGCGUGGAUACCGGUGCAAGCUCGAACAGGUCCAGCCUUCUGGAGACCUGUGCCAACAGCAGGAGGGGGCAGACGGGAUCUCUGUGGGCAGACCAGGGUGUGGAUCAGCGGGGAGCGCCCAACUAGAAACUCCCCUGGAUCCUCCCGGAGGCGCUGGACCUCGUUGGUCCCCUUUGCCCCAGUGAUCCAGCUUUAGGAGAAGUUUUCCCAAGAGAAGGUACCAGACAGAUCGGAUGUCAGAGGCGGCUCAGGUCAGUGGAUGAAGUAAAGAAGCUUCGAGGACCCUUGCACCUUCACGCUGCCAACCUUCGUCGGUGUUAUAAACUACAGACAAUGGUUCUACCUUGAUAAUCCAGGCAGACCACAGUGGAUCAAAAAUUACUGGUUUCUCUCAUUUCCUCAGUGAACAGACAGUAUUAGAGAACUUUCUGAGUCUUUGCACGUUGCCUCCUUGCUGAGGAAUGAUGGGGUUGCCAUUACAUGGAAGAGGACUGAUCCUGGGUCUAAUUUUCCUCCUGUUAAAAUUGUCAGCAGCUGAAAUACCACUCUCAGUUCAACAGGUUCCAACAAUUGUAAAGCAGUCAUAUGUGCAAGUGGCCUUUCCCUUCGAUGAGUAUUUUCAAAUUGAAUGUGAAGCGAAAGGAAACCCUAAACCAAUAUUUUCGUGGACUAAGGAUGAUAAGCCUUUUGAUCUUUCUGACCCACGGAUAAUUGCAUCUAACAAUUCAGGCACGUUCAAGAUCCCAAAUGAGGGCCACAUCUCUCAUUUUCAAGGCAAAUACCGCUGUUUUGCAUCUAAUAGACUAGGAACCGCAGUAUCAGAAGAAAUAGAGUUCAUAGUUCCAGGUGUUCCAAAGUUCCCAAAAGAAAAAAUUGAACCCAUUGAUGUAGAAGAAGGGGAUUCCAUAGUCUUACCCUGCAACCCUCCCAAAGGUCUCCCACCUUUGCACAUCUAUUGGAUGAAUAUUGAAUUAGAACACAUUGAACAAGAUGAAAGAGUGUACAUGAGCCAAAAAGGAGAUCUGUACUUUGCAAAUGUGGAAGAAAAAGAUAGUCGGAAUGAUUACUGCUGCUUUGCUGCAUUUCCAAAAUUAAGAACGAUUGUACAAAAAAUGCCAAUGAAACUAACUGUGAACAGUUUAAAGCAUGCUAAUGAUUCAAGUUCAUCCACAGAAAUUAGUUCCCAUGCAAAUUCCAUCAAGCAAAGGAAACCCAAACUUCUGUUGCCUCCUGCUCAAAUGGGAAGUUCAUCCACCAAGACUGUACUCAAAGGGGAUACCCUGUUGCUCGAGUGUUUUGCGGAGGGCCUACCAACUCCACAGGUCGAGUGGAGCAAACUUGGUAGUGAAUUACCAGAGGGAAGGGCAACAAUUGAAACUCAUGAAAAGACACUGAAGAUAGAAAACAUCUCCGACCAGGACAGAGGAAAUUAUCGCUGUACAGCCCACAAUUUGUUUGGGAAAGCCAGUCAUGAUUUUCAAGUCACAGUAGAAGAGCCUCCACGCUGGAAAAAGAAACCUCAGAGUGCUGUGUACAGUACAGGGAGCAAUGGCAUCUUGUUGUGUGAAGCAGAAGGAGAACCUCAACCCACAAUCAAAUGGAGAGUCAAUGGCUUGCCGAUUGAAAAUCAUCCAUUUCCUGGUGACGUUAUGUUCCCCAGGGAAAUCAGUUUUACAAACUUACAGCCAAAUCAUACUGCUGUAUAUCAGUGCGAAGCCUCAAAUAUUCACGGAACCAUUCUGGCCAAUGCCAAUAUUGAUGUUGUAGAUGCUGUCCCACUGAUAAAAACUAAGAAUGAAGAAAAUUAUGCAACAGUAGUUGGGUACAAUGCUUUCUUACACUGCGAGUAUUUUGCUUCACCCAAGGCUACAGCGGUCUGGGAAGUGGCUGAUGAAACACAUCCCCUUGAAGGUGAUCACUACCAUACCCAUGAAAAUGGCACACUGGAGAUCUACAGAACUACUGAGGAGGAUGCAGGGUCAUACUCUUGUUGGGUGGACAAUACCAUGGGAAAAGCCGUCAUCACAGCCAACUUGGAUAUUAGAAAUGCUACAAAGCUCAGAGUUUCUCCUAAGAAUCCUCGAAUCCCUAAAUCACAUGUGCUUGAACUAUAUUGCGAAAGCCAGUGUGACUCACAUUUGAAACACAGUUUGAAGUUGUCUUGGAGUAAAGAUGGAAAGGCUUUUGAGAUGAAUGGAACAGAAGAUGGAAGAAUAGUGAUUGACGGAGCCAAUCUGACCAUAUCUAACAUCACAGUAGAAGAUCAGGGUAUUUAUUCCUGUUCUGCUCAAACUUCUCUUGAUAGUACUUCAGAGAAAACUCAAGUAACCAUCCUUGAUGUUCCAGAUCCUCCAGAAAACCUUCACUUGUCAGAAAGACAAAACAGGAGUGUCCGGCUGUCCUGGGAAGCGGGAGAUGACCACAACAGCAAAAUCAGCGAGUACAUUGUAGAAUUUGAAGGAAACAGAGAGGAACCCGGAAAGUGGGAGGAGCUAACUAGAGUCCAGGGAGAAGAAACAGAUGUUGUGUUAUCUUUGGCUCCGUAUGUGAGAUAUCAGUUUAGGGUCACGGCUGUAAACGAAGUCGGAAGAAGCUAUCCUAGUCUGCCUUCAGACCAUCAUGAAACUCCACCAGCAGCUCCAGACAAAAAUCCACAGAACAUUAGAGUUCAAGCGUCUCAACCCAAGGAAAUGAUUAUAAAAUGGGAGCCUUUGAAAUCUAUGGAACAGAAUGGGCCAGGACUGGAAUACAGAGUGAGCUGGAAGCCCCAGGGAGCCCCUGAAGAGUGGGAAGAAGAAACAGUUACAAACCAUACACUACGUGUGAUGACACCUACUGUCUAUGCUCCUUAUGAUGUCCAGGUCCAAGCCAUCAAUCAAAUAGGCUCUGGGCCUGACCCUCAGCCAGUGACACUCUAUUCAGGGGAAGACUAUCCUAGUACAGCUCCUGUAAUACAUCGUGUGGAUGUAAUGAACAGUACAUUAGUUAAAGUUACCUGGUCAUCAAUUCCUAAGGAAACAGUACACGGACUUCUAAGAGGGUACCAGAUAAACUGGUGGAAAACAAAAAGCCUGUUGGAUGGAAGGACGCAUCCCAAAGAAGUGAACAUUCUAAGGUUUUCAGGACAGCGAAACUCUGGAAUGGUUCCUUCCCUAGAUGCCUUUAGUGAAUUUCACUUAACAGUCUUAGCUUAUAAUUCCAAAGGAGCUGGGCCAGAGAGUGAGCCUUAUAUAUUUCAGACACCAGAAGGAGUACCUGAACAACCAAGUUUUCUCAAGGUCAUCAAAGUUGAUAAAGACACUGCCACCUUAUCCUGGGGUCUUCCUAAGAAGCUAAAUGGAAAUCUAACUGGUUAUCUCUUACAAUACCAGAUAAUAAAUGACACCAACGAGCUUGGAGAAUUAAAUGAAGUCAACAUUACUAUUCCAUCUAAAUCCAGCUGGCAUCUCUCCGACCUCAACGCAACAACGAAAUACAAAUUCUACUUGAGGGCAUGCACCUCAAGAGGCUGUGGGAAGCCAAUAAGUGAGGAAGGUGCCACACUAGGAGAGGGGAGUAAAGGUAUCAGGAAGAUAACAGAAGGAGUAAAUCUUACCCAAAAGCUUCACCCUGUAGAGGUACUUGUGCCGGGAGCGGAACAUAUUGUUCACCUAAUGACUAAGAAUUGGGGUGAUAACGAUAGCAUUUUUCAAGAUGUAAUAGAGACAAGAGGGAGAGAGUAUGCUGGCUUAUACGAUGACAUCUCCACUCAAGGCUGGUUUAUUGGACUGAUGUGUGCAAUUGCUCUUCUUACACUGAUAUUGUUAACUAUUUGCUUCGUGAAGAGGAACAGAGGUGGCAAGUAUUCAGUAAAAGAAAAGGAAGAUUUACACCCAGAUCCAGAAGUUCAGUCAGCAAAAGAUGAAACUUUUGGUGAAUACAGCGACAGUGAUGAAAAACCUCUCAAGGGAAGUCUUCGGUCCCUGAAUAGGAACAUGCAGCCCACAGAGAGUGCUGACAGUUUAGUGGAAUAUGGAGAGGGAGACCAGUCCAUAUUCAACGAAGACGGGUCGUUUAUUGGCGCCUACACCGGAGCUAAGGAGAAGGGAUCUGUUGAAAGCAAUGGAAGUUCAACGGCCACCUUCCCACUCCGGGCAUAAACACAGCACAUUCACGCACCAAGGCUGGCUAAGCCAGACCUCCCCAGUCUCUUACGGGGAGCAAGGCCCUUCGCACAGGAGCGGAAACACGUGUCCAGAGAUUGAUAUUCUGCAAUUUUGCUGAGGAAAAAUAGCACUGCCUUCAAAAAGGAAAAGGAAAAAAAAUCAGAUGCCAAGUACUUCAGGCUUGUGUUUCAUUCUGGGAUUUGAUUUCAGGUGCUCAAAAUGCAGAACAUGAAACAAAUCCUGUACUUAGAUCCACUUUGAAUCCAAAGUUUCCAUUUCAGAUACUCCACAUCUGCCUGGUUCUCCUGUUCAGUGUGUGUGCAUUGAUGUUGCUAACUGUAUGGGUUUCUCUCUGGAUGCACAAUUAUACUUAAUUUUGAAGAACUGUUUUAGUGACUUCAACUCGCUACAGGUUAAAAGUUUGUAAGCAAGCAAGCUGGUUAUUUAAAAUGUAAAAAGGAACAUGAAUGUCUUAUUAAACAUCCCGUGGAAUCUAUACAGUUUAAAGUUAUUAUUUAAAAUUUAAGUAGCAAAAGUGUUAGAUGAUCAUACCACUCCUAUUUAUUGAGCUCCUAACUUUGUGCCCAGAGACUGCCAUUAUUACACAGAUUACAAUGUUUUCAAUUUCUGGAUGAUUUUCUUUAAUUUCUGUCACUCAUGGUAACUCUGUAUGUAUGUAUCUUUCUUUCUUUCUUUUCUUCUUUCUUUCAACUGGGACUGACUGGAGAUGUAAGGGGAGUGAUGGUCAGAAGUUAUUUUAAAAACAGAAAGAUGUAGAUGUCUCGAUUUUAUAUCUUCAUUUGUAAGUUUAGGGCUUUCAGCCUUUAUGUUUAUAUACUGGGACCCUUGGGUGUAUUUCAUGAAUGCAUUGUACAUAUUAUGUUAAUAUUUACACAGUUUAAAACAUAGUGUUUUAUUUUAAAGUAAGAAAAAAGAACAUUAAUAGGCAUGAUUGUACAGCUAGAAUAUAUAUAGUAAGAUACCAUUCUUAUCCUUCUGGGGCUAGACACAAUAACAUAAGAUUCCAAAUUCAAGACUAUAUGAAAAUUUGGAUUUUGCCCUUAUAUUUCUCUUCCUCAUGUGGUUUCAAAAUAAAACAUUAUAUAAUCAUAGGGGGAAAUGCAUUGAUAUUUUUCAAAAUAAGCUUUGGAAUGGAUUCCUACCCCAGAAUUCCAAAAAGAAAAUUAUCUACAGUAGAAAUUCUUAUACACCUGUUAGUUUAUAUCAUAUUGUAAAUGUAUUAGUAGUGGUAUGAUCUUUUUUAAAUGUUUUUCUUCUAUCAAAGACAGUACAGAUUCAGGGACUUUAAUUUUUGGCAUGCGAGCUACCAGUCCAUCUAAAAUGGUACAUAAGGCUUAGAGUGUUAUAGAAAUCCCUUGAAAGACUCUGCAUACAUAUAAAUAAAUAUUAAAUAGUAUUAUUUUCUUUCACAUUUAAUGGGAAUUUUUGGCCUCACCAUGAAAUUAUUGUUAAGUGAUAUUGGUUCACAGAUUUAACUUUAGUUUGUAUAAUCACUGACCAUAUUAUUCAUUUUUCAUGUUCAAUUGGUAUGAUGCAAUAUGUUGCUUGGGGAUUAAAAUUGUGGACAUGUAAAAGAGGCAAUGCCAUAAUAAACAUGAAACAUAUUUUUUAACCAUAUGCACCCUCUAGAAUGCAUAGGCAGGAAAAGCUUGUCUUUGUAUUUGUUUUUAAUUUUUGUUUUUGUCUUUUGGGUUUUGUUUUGUUUGUUUUGUUUUGUAUUUUGUUUUUUGAAAACCCAUGGAUCUCAGAAUUAAAUUACUCUCCUGGAAGUGCCAAAUGAAAGCAUAUGUGAGUGUAAGAAUCCACAAGUCCAGCAGUGAAAAAAGAUCUCUGGCCCUUUCUGAUAAGGAGGGCACAGAUUUCUGGAAGAUCCAUCAUUGUGUGCUAUUUUUAUGGGAGGACCUGUAGUGCUGAGCCCCAGAGAAAAUAAAGGAUGUGACUGACAGUAACUAUAUUAUUAUCCUGCCUCCUUUUUGUCAUCAAAAUGUGGCUGGGAAAGGAUCAUAUAAGUUGAAAAUAACAUCCAAAAGUUAAGAAUGGAUUUAUUAGAAAUUUAAUAGCCUUUGAAUCAGAAGUUGACACAAAAUACUUAUAUUUUUGUUUGAAAUGGAUCUCAUCAUUCUUUCUUUAGCUGGUGGAACGGGAGAUUGGCUUAUAACACUUUUUGCUAGCCUCUGUGAACUUUUACAUACUAUUUGGUUUCGUUCUGUUGUAACUCUUCAGCAAAGCAGACCAAGCAAGGUCCAUGGACUUUAUUUAUUUUAAUUAUAGAAUUAUAUUAUUCAAAAUGUUCAAAUGAAAACAAAUGCAAUUGGUUAAAGUGGAUUUUAUUCUUUUACUGUCUCAGACAGUGGAUGGCAGACUAUAUGGCAUGCAGUGAUGACUACAAUGGGCAGUAAUGGUUUGGGAGAUGCCCACUGAGUCAUAAGGCAGCUACUAGUAUGUACAACUUUGUUCUUAAUUGAUUUUCCAGUAACAUUCUGUAGUCUACUGACAAUAUGAUUUUAAUCUAAGUGAUUGUAUAUAACCUGAAGGAUUGUCAAGGGGGAUAACUUCAGAGGGAGUUGUUUGAGGGUCAAGAAAAUCUGUGUUCUCUUCCAGGUUCCAUGUAGAAACCUUAGGCACGAUGCUGAACUACUUCCUUUCAAACUGUGCUACAAAGUGCUAAUGAUUGCUAUCACAGGGUGUUCUUUUGUACAAAAAAAAAUUUACAAGUGAUAAAAUCUAAGAUGCCUUUUAACCUCAUCACCAAACCCGUAACCAAAUUAUGUAUCAAAAAGUCACCCCACAUACACCAACUCAACUUUUUCCCCUCUAAGCACAUAAAUAUAUUUUUAUAGAAAACAGAUCUACAGAAAAUAAAUGAAAUCUGCUGUUAGGAGAGGAGUACAAUUUGCACAUGCCAUUGAAAAUUAUUAAUCAGAAGAAAAUUAAGCAGGGUCUUUGCUAUACGAAAGUGUUUUCCACUACUUCUGCAUGCAUAUUUGUAAGAUGUGAACUCAGUGGUUUAUUCUCUUGGUAUAAAGGCAUCUGAUAUUUUAGAUGUACCCAUGUUUAUAAGAAGAAAAUGUAGAGCACAAUGGACUUAUGCUAUUUUAUACUCAUGGAAGAGAUAGAGGACAAUAGGAGAGAUGUCGGCUGCUUUUCUAAGUAUUUAAAACAUAUUUGCCAAUCGAAACCCUAAAUAUGUUUACAUGCCAUGAAGGCGUAACUCUUGUAACAACUUUAAAUUGAUUAUAAUAGGACUGGUUUGUGGUCUGUGAUAGUAGAUGUACCCUAGAGUUCCUACAGUAACACUAUAGUAUAGUAUAGAUAAGUAGGGUUGAGCCAAAGCUUACUUUUGUUUUAUAUCUUAAACUGACUGCAUCGUCAAAAAGACAAAAGGUAUGGAGAGCAGGUUCACCAGAUUAGCUUUUCUGUUUUCUCUGAGAUUAAUGUUCACAGUAGAUCUUUAUCGAAAUGUGUUUGUGUUGUAGAUGGUGUUUGUAUUAUGCUUAUGGCUGUGUAUGGUUCAAAACUAUUUUCAUUACACAUGGAAUUCAGCUUCCAAAUAAAAAUUUGACUUCGUGUACUGUAAA